CAAGGCCCCAGCCAACAUCUCCCAGCCCAGCGAUGGGUCCCAACCUGCUCCUGCUGCUGCUCCUGGGACUAGCAGGCCAGGGCUCUGCUGGCAGCCUCCCCGAGGAGCUGCAGGCGCGGGUGGGCAGCUCCAUCCGGGUGCACUGUCACUACCGACCCCAGGACGGCAGGGCUCGGAAGGUGUGGUGCCGGUUCUUGCCGGAGGGGUGCCAGCCCUUGGUGUCCUCAGCCGUGGACCGCAGAGCCCCAGGGCACAGCCGCACCUUCCUCACGGACAUGGGGAGUGGCCUGCUGCAGGUGGAGAUGACCUCCCUGCGGGAGGAGGAUGCCGGGGAGUACGGCUGCGUGGUGGAGACGGCCACUGGGUCCCAGACAGUGCACAGGGUGGCUCUGAAGGUCCUCCCGGCAGAGGGGGAAGAGGAGUUCUACAAGGUUGCCAGUGAAACUGACGCCCCCUCCUCAGACCCCCUCGGCAGUGCCAGCCCUCUGGAGCCCAGCCAGCAUGAGAAAAGCAUCCCUUUCAUCUGGGGCUCUGUGCUCCUGCUGAGCUUGCUGGUGGUGGCGGUGGCGCUGCUCGCUGUGGUGGCCAGAAGGAAAGGGAACAGGCGUGGCGUCCCUGGCCAAUCCCACAGCAGCCGAGGUCCAGGCAUGGCGCUCUCCUCAGUGGUCCACACUGAUGACUCUGGACUGGCUGUAGGUGUGCCGUCGAACGUACCGCACAUCAGGCUUGACUCGCCACCUUCCUUUGACAGCACCACCUAUAGCAACCUAUCUCUUGAGCCCCCGUCAAGGAAACCCCCAGCCCCAGCCCCAUCCUCAUCUCCCCCUCUGCCUCCUAAGGUCCUGAGCUGCUCCAAGCCUGUGACAUAUGCCACAGUCAUCUUCCCUGGAGGGGACAGGGGGGGAGAGCCCUCCCAGGAGCCAGCGCAGGAUCCUCCUCAGGGCCAGGCUCCGCCCAGCUGAGCUGCUCACCACACUGUGCUCACAGAGACCAUCAGGAUUCUUUCUGUGCGUCCACCAGCCAGCCUGUGCCCUGCAU